AUGGAUCGCACGCGUCAUUCGUUGGAUCGAGAUCAGCAGCCUCUGCUCGACGUCAAUGCUGCUGAGCUCGACAACCGCUUUGCCAUCGACGAAGACUUGGCUGAAGAUCAGCCGGCCAUCAGUCCGUCUUCACCAAAGUACCCACCCCUUCCGCCUUCGUAUGACGACACCAUCCGCGUUGAUAAACGUGAACAAUUCAAAUGGAAUCCCGUUACCUGGUUCUCCAUUUCUCGCACCACCAAAGAGCACAUUCAAGCUUGCUUCCCUCGAACCAGCAAUGGCGAGCUUUUGACAUUCUCUACCGCCUUUUCUGGCUGCUACAGAGGCGCAAUGCGUUGCUGGCCAUCCAAUCGCUUUGCACAGGCGAGUGUCUUUAUCAUCGGUCUCUGGAUCCUUGUGCUUUUCACCGGCCCGACACUCUCUCAGAUCGAUAGCGACAACGUCGGCACUGGCCUUCAUCAGGACUGGGACUACUCCAGUAUCCCCUCAACCAAGCCAGCGCCGCUCCACGAAGAUGGCCACAUUGUCCAAGAGGCAAAAUGGCAAUGGCACAAUUGUGCCUCCAUCAAAGGUACCAACAGGGUACAGUGCACCGAAUCCACCAGCUUUCUUCUCAACCCCAACAAGUCCAAAGAUAGCUUUGCCACAACCGAGUCCAUCUUUGUUGACGUCGAUCCGAUCCGAGAAGACCGGCCGCAACCCGCUGGCAGCGUUCCCGGAACCGUCACGGUGGUCCACCACACUGAUGAUGUUCCCGCUGCCGAGAAGGACCUCGUCAAAGUCGAGAUUACUGCUCGCUACGAUGAAGCAUACAAGAAGCUCUUUGACACCAGUCUGGUCGCAAAGAUGAAGCGUGGCCUCUACGACGAAGGUGUUGAGAUCCUUACCUAUGCAAAGGCAGUCUCCACCGACCAGAGCGCGCUCAUCUACGAUGUCAAAGUCAUCGUUCCGCCGCACGUCAACAUUCCAACCCUUUCGCUAGAUGCAGGUGCCUCCAACAUCAAUCUCUUUCAGCCCUCAUCUGCUUCCACGACGGUUUCCAGUGCUCGCAGCCUGCAUUCGCGCGACGCUCCAGCCAGGCCAGACUUCUACUUCGGAAAGCUGCAUGCGCGAACCCAAGUGGGCAAGUUGCGUUCGGCUUCCAUCCGUGCCCUCGCCGAUAUUCACCUUACCACAACCAAUGGCAAGCUUCACAUCGGCGGAUCUUUUGAGGCCCAGUCGUUAGAAUUCAAGACGGUCAAUGGCCAUCUUGAUAUUGACCAAGACUCAAGGCUCGAGGCUGCGUAUGAUCUCACCCUUCAGACACAAAAUGGUCACAUCCGCGUCGGUCAGCAUGCCAGCCUCCGUGCAACUACUCUGCGCUCCGAAUCUCUCAACGGAGGCAUCAUUGCAGAUAGCGCCGUCUUCAAUGUCAAUCACACCCUCUCCUUGACGUCACAGACUGGCCGAGUCGAGGCAGCGAUCAAUGUCGAGAAGCCGGAUCUGUCGAGACUCGAUGCUCCCGGUCUCAGUAAGACAGACCUCGUCACCGUAGACUCGCAAUCUCAGACUGGUUCCAUCCAGCUCGACUUUAUUGGGCAUCAACCCGAGGUCCCGCUUCGUUGCCACGCGUCGAGUGAGGUAGCCCCAGUUUCGGUUUCUUUGCAUCCUGAAUAUCAAGGUAGGUGGGAACUCCGAGGUGCAACUCAUUCGCGCUACCGCGGAGCUGGCUCAAAGGAUGGAGAAAAGAGCGAUCGCGGUGUACGCCGCUUCGUCAUCGAUGAAGAUAGCUUGGGUUGGAUCAACCGUCUCACUAAAGGGCGCGCAUGGUGGGCCAGGUCAGAUCAGCCUGAUGUGCUUCCCAAGGAUGCCGAAGUAACCAUCGCCACCCGGGUUAGCCGCGCCCUUCUCACCUUUAAGUAA